UUGUUCUAAUUUCCAUGUGAUCAGCAAUAAGUCUUAUUGUAGAAAUCAUCACCCAAAAUGGUUAUGGAUAAAGAAGUUUGUUUUGGUAUCGUCGAAUCUAUUGAGUCACUUUGGGAGAGACGAGAACUUGUGGACUUCACAGUACAGGUUGAGAACCAUGAAAUCAAAUGCCAUCGAUUCAUUCUUGGGGCAUGUUCUAAAUUCUUUAGUGCAAUGUUUAGAUCUGGGAUGAAGGACUCUCAGAAUGAUUUCGCUGUAAUCGAACAUGUUUCUCGGGAUAUUUUUGUGGACAUUCUCAGAGCAUUGUACACCGGAAGUGAUGUUUUGACCCAAGACAAUGUCAUAGCUGUCUGGCACGCGUCGAACCUUUUACAGAUAGACGUCAUGAUUAGACAAUGCGAGAAUAAGGUUGUGCAGUGGCUGACGGUAGAAAACUUUGAAAACAUGAGCAUCAAUGCAAAACUGUCAGAUUCAAAAAGAGUUUUGGAAACCAUCUUUGACUUCAUGUUAGCGAAUUUUGAGAAAGUUAGGGACACCCAGACCUUCUUGGAAAUGUCCCCGGGUCGGUUCCUCGAUUUUAUUGAAAGCUACAAGCUGGUGGUUGGUUCUGAAGACUUGGUUUUAGAAUCUAUUUUAAAAUGGAUUGAGUAUUCACCAGAGGGAUUUCCAAAUUCAAGUGUCACAUCAUUUGUAGCAAAAUCUUCUUCAGAAAUGGUCGUUGCUAAUUUCACUACAGAAACAAGUUCCAAAAAUACUGAAAAUGAAUUGAAUGCAUCUACAUCUUUCGAAACUAAAAUUUUAAAAACAUGUGUUUCAAACAGUUCUGUUGGUGACAGUGCCAGUGACACAAGCAAAGCUGAUGCCAAAAGCGUGGUGCCUCACAUAAAACAAGAAAAUAAACCUAAAAGACUUGACAUGCUGACAGAUUUGAUUAAAGCUGCGAGGACAUGUUUAGCGAGUCCAGGAUGUCUUCAGUGGCUUUAUGGAAAUCCACUUUGUGAGUCACUGCCUGAAGUAAAAGAUGUCCUUUUUAAAGCUUCAAUGUAUCACUGUAGUGGACAGGGACACUUGCUUAGAGCGUCUUCGCACAGGAUUGGAAGUGAACUAGAACACUUUGCUGUCUUCUCUACACAUAAAGAAAUAAAGGCUUAUUCUAUGGAGAGAGAUGAAGUAUUUCAAAUACCGUUGUGUGGAGCGCUAAGCGCACACUCUAUGCGUUUUCUUAUCUCUGAAAAUGAUAUAUAUACUUUUAGGGGAAAUUCGUCUAUUUAUAUUUUAAGAGGUUACACAUGGCAAACAAUGUUCAGCUUAAAUAAUAAUGCACCAAACUUGAUAAAUCAUGACAAUUUUUUUUGGGAAUUAAACGGGCAAUAUGGAAAAAUCAAUAAAUUCAAUCUAAGAAAUGCCAAUGAAACUGUGUCUCCUUUUGUUGAUCUUCCUGCCAAUGUAGAACGCGUGGAUCUUUGUUUGAGUUGGAACAAAAGAAUUCUGCUGUUCUCUAAUGAAUACAACAACACCAACCAAAUUAAUGAAACUAUCGUUCAUUCACUAGAUGUAAGUUUAAAAACAUGGACAAAGCUGGAAAAUAUGAACGAAUCCAUGGCCUGGGCAAAAAGUUUCAGGGAUGAUACGACCACAUAUAUUUUACAAACCACUGGAGAAGUGUGGGCAGUUUUGGAGAGAACACCUGAUGUUAUAACUUUUGAAUGUUUGGGCAAAAUGUGGGUAAAGCCAAAAAGCAUCUUAGGCGCCGUAAUAUAUGAGAGAGAGCUUAUCAUAUUCGGAAACAAUGAUACCAAUGACCUCCCCGAUAUAACUAAACUCUCCUGUCCCCCUGAUUCCUUUACAAAGAUACGCUGUUACAGUUACAGCGAUAAUAUAUAUUCAAAUGUCGUCUUUGCUGCUCUACCGAAAAAAUAUUAUCCUUCACCUUCAAAAUAAACUGUUUACAAAGAGUAAGUAAAAUGUUGAUGAUGUGAUGUAAACAGAGAAAAGAGUCUUGACUCCGUUUUUCGAAGUAAUGUAUUUUUUUUCUUUUAAAAAUUUCCGAAAAUAAGAGAAUGAUAUGAGUUUUAAUGCUUUAAGCAUUGAAAUAGAAGUGACAAAUGAGAGAGUAGCGUUCAGUCCCUGGGUCACAAUCCUAUUCCCACUAAUUACUCCAUCAAAUAGAUCCGUGCACCUAGGAAAUAUGACCAUCUUCCACCUCCAAUACAUUUAAUGGUAGUAUUGAUGGGAUUUUAUCUUCUCGUGUGAGCCGUUAAUUAGGCAAUUUGUACAAUUAAACAAUGUUUAUGUUCAUAAAAAAAAUAUCAGAUUGCAAAAAUGAAUGUUAAAGAGAUUAAUCACCCUUAAUUUAAAAUCGUCUUCGUGUAUUUUACAAAUGCCUAUAGAUUUUAAGCAGCUGAGUUGUUUCAGUUUUAAAUCUACAUAAGUUGUUCAAGCUGCUAGUCGGUCUGUUCUUAUGAAUUUUAAGUUAUGUAAUCAAUUUUUUGUUUUUCUUUACACUGUCUGCAAAAACAAAUUAACUAACCGCCUUGCACCUUAAUCACAUGAUACAACCAUAUAUUAUAUUUGAUGUAUGACUAUACAAUUGUUGGAUUCUAUUUUUUUUCCCCCAAAUGUACUCUGUAAUGCGAUUGUGUCCAUUAUUUAAUAGUAUUUAUUUUUCAUGAAAUGUUGUUUCUUGAAACUUUUCAAAUCCCUUGUUUGUAAAUAUUCUUGUCUGUGUAUCAUUUUGUCUAAACAAUAACAGAAAUGUAUCUUUUGAAAUACUAUCUUAAUACAAAAACUAUUUUGACGAAUUAUUAGUUUUAUGCUCCUCAUGUUUAUUAGAUUAAUAAGGCACGAACAAAUUGUGUCAAUAGAACAAUAUGAGUUAGCUUUAAUAAUAAUAAUUAUACAUUAUACACAAUUAAACGUUUCGGCACAUGCCUUCAUCAGUACAAACAAACAAAACACAUUUAAAUAAGUAUAAAUUAAAUUUACAUCAUAUCAAUAUACAUAUCCUACCUAAAACAGAAAAAAUAUAGGAGAGGGCGCUUAAACCAGACAGAAACAAAGUAAUGAGAUGUAGAGAGGAAGUGAUUUUAACAUAAUUGGAAAAACCAAACAGGAAAAAGACAUGGCAGCUAAGUAAAACUAUGGAUUUGGUUCAAUCCUCAUGUUUAUGUCUUAUCAGGGAAAUUUUUGUUGUUGAAACAAUUGUAUUCAUUUGUCAUGAUGUAUCAAUAGCGAUUAUGGAUUUAAUAUUGGCCAAUAUUUUACUCAACUAUUGGCUCAAAUAUUUGAUAAAAAUUACAUUUGAUUUCUAUUUUUCGCUCAUCCAAUUUUACUAACAAGAAACCAAAAAUAUUUAUAUGGUAAGG